AUGGGAGAUUUUGGAAUGUGGCUGUGUGUGGCGGCAGCCACCCAGACCACCUCUUCCUGCUCCGGCGAACCUGCCAACCAAUUAGCGUCACCACUGUUGCUGGAUCGGGCAGCUGGGGCACUGCUCACUUCCAAUGCCUUUGGAAGCGUCACCACAGAGGCCGACAAGUAUCUGUGGGCAGGGGCAGGUACAUUUUGGUGGAUGCCUACGCGCCCCGGGAUCGCGUCCGCCCAGGUCAAGUUCAACGUCGAGCCCAGGGGCCUCAUUUUAUGGCGGCUACGGCUCCAGCGUCACCACGACAGCGCAAACUGCACGCAACAUUGCCCGUACGGCGUCAAGAUUGAUACUACGACCAUCGACGCCUACCAAACGUACCUCAACUUCACGUUUGAAAAAUACUUCGAGAAGUCCUACGGAGGACCGUACCCCGUGAUAAUGAUGCCGGAUGCUUCGAUGUGCGGGUUUUGGACAGGACCUCACACCGCCAUCUUCUCCGUCUUCAUGGUCGAUUUGAUGAUGUGCACCAAGGCCAGGUACCAGGCGGGAAUCUCCUUACGCGACACCCGGAACUACACGCCCCCCCGUUUCCGUACAGCGUCAAAUGCGUCGGCCUCGCCCUGGAAAUGCCCACCUUGA